AUGCCGGAUUUAAUGCAUGAGCCGUUGGAAAUAGAAGACCCGCCAAGCGCUAAGCCGCUGGAAAUUGGAGAAAGAGAAAUAGGAGUACCAAGCGGACAUACCGUUGCUAUUAGUGGUCCAUCAGGAGGAGGCAAGUACAGAAAGACACGUACAGAAGUCACUACUCCAGAUACUGCAACCACAUCGAUAAUCGAUUUUGGUAGCGCUGCGUUUCAGCAAUCACCCUACCAACAAGUAUCAACGGGGACAUUAUCACCUGAAGAAGUCCAGAACAUCAAACAAAUAGAAGUUAUACUGAAAGGAUGA